CGCCUCUCUGCCGUGAGCUCUUCCCGCUAAUCUUCCGCCAAACUUUGCUCCAAGUCCGCCGGAGCCUCCCACCUCUGGAGCCCGGGAAGGAGUCACUCUCCUCGGCUGGAAUCUCGGGAAGCGUCGCCUCCUCGUCGCAGCCUUGAACAUCACCGUCCUCGUCUCCCUCCGGGUCCUCCUCCUCUUCUUCUUCUUGGUCGAGGACCCCCGCGGCUAGCAGCCGCUCCAGGGCGCACUCAUCCACCCUCAGCUCGGCUCUCAUCUUCCCCUGUCCGGAGAUGGAUGUGGUGUGUCGGCACAGCGGGCACACGAUUGACCUGUCAGCUCCCAGACGCGCCUCCUCGGGUCCCGGGGAUCGUGAGAGGGCCAGCAGGCAGCUCUCGCAGAAGCUGUGUUUGCAGUGGAGCUCCCGGGGACACCGCCGACCUGUGUUAUAGGUCCGAUAACAAAUUCCGCACUCAAGCUCUGAAUACAUCUUUCUUUCUGAUGUGGGCUGCUUCUCAGCGAGUCACCUCGAGGGUUGAAUAAAGAGAAAGUGAGCUGCCCAGACUUAUAGCCUAACCCAGGUUGUGAGGCGGGGUGCGGAGGAGGAGGAGGGCUUCGUAGUAGCCUAGCUAGAUUUUAGAUAAAUAAACAUAACCUAUGAGUCACCCAGCUCAAAAUACACGUAAUGUCAUGGCACCUAAUGGGCUGACACUAUAGCCUACACACACACACACACACGCCUCCUUCCGGUGAAUCACCACGAUCAGGGAUUAUCCAGAGCAGAAACAAAGCCAAGGGCAAGCUGAUGCAAGACACAGUAUAAUAAAGCCUUUAUUUAAAGUUCAGUAAAAAUUACGUCUGCGGUAGUGUGACCAGAUUAGUAACAGGUGAAAUUCGGAUAAGGUAAAUCGGGGGUGGGCGUGGCCUCCAGUUUGUUACACUCAGUCUCAAGGAUUCAGUGAAAACAUGCGAAAGUAAAAACACACCUUUCUCACCUUUUACCAUGAGGUAACCUGUCUGUCAUUUGGAACAAAACAAUGACUGUGUUGUUUGUAACAGUAGGCUAGGCUAUGUAGCCUAAAUCAUGAUCCGUAGGCUACAUAGGCCCACAAUUUAUUUAUUUAUUUAUUUAACUUUAGUUAGUAUUAAUUACAUCGGUGUGUUGCAUGUCACAUCUGUCUGUGUAAACGCGCGUGUCAGAUUUCUGCGUGGCUGCCUGCAGCAACACCACUAUCUUCAUUUAGGCUUACCAGAAAAUAAAAAGGUCAAAGCGCCUUUGUCCACGGUGCCAUGCAGUCCCUGCUGCAGCAACGGAGAGCCGAACAGUGCCCGACGGACAACCCUACAAAUAACAGCUCUUCUGUUGCUUUGCUUUUUCAUUUCCCAAGUUCCUGGACGUGCUCUGAGCGUGGCGGCCAGCACACGCUACAUGGAACUGGAGUUAUUGUGAGGGACAUUGUCCCAGCUCCCCAGCAAGGGGACCCAGCUGCUGCAGCACCAGGCCCCAGCAUCACCUCUGGGGAGCCUGUAGAUGUGGAGUGUCCCAUCUGCUACCAGGAGUACAACCAGUACAACAAAUGCCCUCGGAUGCUGGAUUGCCUCCAUGUUUUUUGCACUGAAUGCCUCCAGAGGAUCCAGCUCUGCCCCAGCGAGCGCCACCACAGCCCACCAGCCAUCCCCUGCCCCCUUUGCCGCCACCUCACCCCUUUGGAGACUGGGGAUGCCCUCUCCUUACCCUGCAAUUCCCGCAUCCUAGCCAGGCUGCCCCCCGUGGCCUUCCGCCUGCCUGUGGCCAUGGCAAGUCGCCAUGCCACCGUCACCCAGAGAGUGGUGCUCUCCCUGGAGGGCGACAGCAGGGACACCCGCUUCAUCAUCCUGCCCACCAUCAGCCUGCAGGUGCAACAGAUGCACCCGGACAGGCCGUAUGGCGGGGCGCCAGGCCUGGUGGGGGAAGAGGAAGUCAUACAGCAGAGCAAGAAGACGCUGUUCUGUGUUCAGCUGCUGGCGGUCAUCUUCUGGAUGGUGUUUGUGAUCACCUGCAUGGUCGGGGUGGUGUUUGGGCCACAACUGUUGAACAGGCAUCUUUAACAGGAAGCAUGGUUUAUCUCUUAACUCAGAUAUAGUUAUUAAUACAAAGUCAUGAUAUAUAGUCAACAGGGAUGCACUGUAAAAAAAAGUAGGUUGACAAAACAAUUUGAGAAUAUAAAACAUUUUCAUUUAUAUUUUUAUGAAGAUUUCUUGACCACUGUGUUUGCUACUCACCCUGUAGUUAUGGGACCAACUCACAUUAUACUUUACUUGUAGAAUACCCCUACUUACACCAACCUUUACCAUAGACAUUUUGCCUUUACUUGCUACUGCUUAUUUGUUGCUCUUUCAUUAAUGAUAUAGACUGAUGAAGAGUUCCCUCUAGUGGUCUAUUUUGAAACAGAUGAGCUGAGAGCACAACUGUAAAUAAAAGGAUUAAAAACUAAAAGUGCUUUCUCUCUGUGUGCCUGUUUGAUACUGUUAUAAUACAGCUAAUGACUGAAAAUGAAUAAAGGUGGCCUGCAUAACGCA